GCCGAGCACAAUAAUAACUCGCAGCAGUUCUGACUGCGCGAACUCAUAGCAGCCAAGCAGAGUGAUAGCAAGCUGCAGCCCCAAGAGACAAGCAGCCAAAACAACUCGUCGCCAAAACAACUCGUCGCGCCCGCGCGUCCCCAAAUGACACCAUGCGCGCGAAACAUUCACCGCGCGUCCAAAGCCCCGUAGGUCACAGAGGUCACAGCCAUGGCGUUCUGGCGCGAGCCGCGGCGGCCGACCGCCGAGGACCAGAAGCGCACGAAUGAAGUACUGGCGGCCUUCGAGACGUCCUUCGAUGGCGGCGCGUCCAAGGCCUUCGUCGCGGCGGGCGGGGGCAGCUACCAGCCGACGGAGCCGGCCCGGCCCGUGCAGCCCCACCGGGCGCAGAAGAAGGGUAAGCGCGCGAUGGACGAGUUUCUGGAAGAGCUGAAAGCACGGGACGGUUUGCGGGAUCGGGGCUUUACGCUGGAUCGCGGCCGGGCGACCUACAAUCCUCCUCCAGCAGAAAGGGAGACGUACCAAGGUACGACGAACCUCGUGAUAAACAACAUGGCUCCUACCGUGACCGAAGAAACGCUCACGAAGGCCUUCGGCCAGUACGGCGAUGUCUACUCUGUGAAAGUGAUGUGGCCCCGUUCUGAAGAUGAGAGAAGAAGAGGCCGGAACCGGGGCUUCGUGAGCUUUAGAAGCAGGGAGGACGCCGACGACGCGUUGCAGGCCAUGGACGACUCGUUGUUGGAGGGCGUGCGCAUCUCCGUGGCCUGGGGCCGGGCCUUGAAGGACCAGCCCGGUGCGGGUGGUGUGGGCUCGACGGCCGCGUCGCGGAGCGCGUACGGCCGAACGCAGCCACCGAAGCCGCCGGCGAAUCCUACGGUCGCUGCUGCGUUAGAAAAGGCCCGGAUGCUGGCCGCCCAACCCCCAAAGCGCGUCGCGAGCGCGGCGGGCGGCGCUUCUGCCUUCCAAGGAGCUGCAUUAUCUAUGAGACGGUCGCGCUGGGAUCAGGUGCACACGCAAAGUGGGGACGGUUUGUCUCAACAAGACUUCGACCAGGCGCAUAAAGUUGUGGUCGUAGCUCCACAAGAUGAUACUUUAAGACGAUUGGCUGAUUUGACGGCGAGAUUUGUCGCCGCUGACGGGCGGACGUUCGAGGACUUUAUAAGGUUGCGAGAACGGGACCACGGCGACUUCUCCCAACUACUGGACGUGUCGUCCCAAGCGGGCCGCUACUACCGCUAUAGAGCUUGGGAGGCGGCCAUGGCCCAGGCGUCGCCCGAGCCGUUCCGCGAGUACGACUUCGAGGGACGGCGCGUCAAGGCCCACCGCAUCCAGUGCGGCGGGCCCUUCUGGGUCGCUCCCGACGUGGCUACUACCGCACAACCGUUGGAUGCCGUGAAGAGCAUGCCCGCUCUGACGCGGGCCGACGCGCAACGGAAGGCCGAACACGAUUUGAUGGAACGGUCGCGCGAGAACGAGGCGCAGUUGUACGAGAAAAGAGGUGCGAGACGGGGCGACGCGAAGCUCAAGAUUAGUGACGCGCUGCAGUUCACCGAAACGCUGGCCUCGAUCAAGCCGUCGCGCGCUGAGGUGAGAGACGCCAUGUGCUUCGCUCUGGAUAGAGCUGAUGCAGCUAGGGAGCUCUCGGAACUACUAGGCAACGCGCUGACGGAGCCGGCCCAAUCUAAUGCGUCGGACGAAACGCGCCUCGCGCGACUCUACGUCGCGUCGGAUAUUUUGCAUAAUGCGGCGGCGUGCGGCCGCGGCGCGCGCAUGAUGCGUUCGCUGUUGAGGCCCUACCUGGCGGCGGCGCUGCACCAUCUAGGAACCCGAUUACUCGGGCAAAAAGGUUCAACAUUAGAGCUCGCGAAGACGAACUCGAUCAUCGACAAGGUCGCCGCUUUAUUACAAGUCUGGGGCCGCUGGGCCCAGGUCUUCCCCGCGAACUGGACGUUUGGUUUGGAGAGCGCGUUCUUCGAGCGGCGCGAGCGGUCGACCGCGCCCGCGACGGACGAAGAGAUUGAUGAGGAAGCGUUGCGACGGGACGCGCGCAUCGCCGGGUUGUACGACGGCGCCGCGCCCUCCGAACUCAAAGCGUCGCUCGCGCGGCUGCGCUACUACAUUAGACAUCGGACGAUCGGGCUCCCGCCUUCGGAAGCGUACCGCGAGGCGGCGCGCGAGCACGACGCCCGGGUCGCUUCCAUGGCGGUCCCGGCGCCGGUUCCACCAGAAUCGGACGACGAGGACGUCGACGGCGAGGCGUGCGACGACGUCGAUGAUUUAUUGGCGGACGUCGCCGAGGCGCCGGCGUUCGCGCCGUUUCCGGUCGUCGCGCCUCCGGUCGCCCCGGUGCCGGCGCCGGCGCCGGCGUUCGCGCCGUUCCCCGUCAAUGUUCCUCCUGUUGCCCCGGUGGUGCCGGUGGCGGCGCCGCCCGCGCCCCCGCCGGCUGUCGCGGCGAUCGCCGCGCGCGCCGCCGCCGCCCACGCGCAACGUUCUUCGCCCUCGGAGCGCGGCCGGAGCCGGUCCCGCGAGCGCCGCCGCGGUCGGUCGCGGUCGCGCUCGCGCUCUCGGUCCCGCCGGCGGUCGCGGAGGCGCCGGAGCCCGUCGUCCUCGUCGUCGCGGUCGCGCUCAAGGGGGCGGCGGGACUAUCGGCGGCGGCGUUGA